AUGGCCAGCGAGACUACCCAGCAGAUAGUCCUCCAGGGCCCGGGACCCUGGGGCUUCCGCCUUAUAGGGGGAAAGGACUUCGAUCAGCCGCUCACCAUUUCUCGGGUUACUCUGGACAGCAAGGCUGCCAAUGCUCAAUUAUGUAACGGUGACUUAAUCACAGCCAUCAAUGGGGAAGACACUAGCGCUAUGACGCACUUGGAAGCUCAGAACAAAAUCAAGGGUUGCCAAGGUGACAUGACUCUCACCAUAGUAAGAACUGAACAAAGUAAUAAAAUCUGGUCCCCUUUGGUGACCGAAGAAGGGAAGCGUCACCCGUACAAGAUGAAUUUAGCUUCUGAACCUCAAGAAAUCUUACACAUAGGAAGUGCCCACAACCGAAGCGCCAUGCCCUUCACUGCCUCGCCCGCCUCCAGGGUCAUCACCAACCAGUACAACAACCCAGCUGGCCUCUACUCUUCCGAAAACAUCUCCAAUUUCAAUAGUGCCUUGGAGUCCAAGACUGCAGCCAGCGUAGAGGAGACAAAUGGCAGAGCCUUAGAUCACCCUCAGCUUCCAGGCAGCCUCGUCAUCGACAAAGAAUCUGAAGUUUACAAGAUGCUUCAGGAGAAACAAGAGUUAAAUGAGCCUCCAAAACAGUCCACUUCAUUCCUGGUUUUGCAAGAAAUCCUGGAAUCUGAGGAGAAAGGGGAUCCUAACAAGCCUUCAGGGUUCAGAAGUGUUAAGGCUCCGGUCACCAAAGUGGCUGCAUCGAUCGGGAAUGCUCAGAAGUUGCCCAUCUGUGACAAAUGCGGCACUGGCAUUGUAGGCGUGUUUGUGAAGCUGCGGGAUAAGCACCGCCACCCUGAGUGCUACGUGUGCACCGACUGUGGCACCAACCUGAAACAGAAGGGCCAUUUCUUCGUGGAGGAUCAAAUCUACUGUGAAAAGCACGCCCGGGAGCGCGUCACGCCACCCGAGGGCUACGACGUGGUCACUGUGUUCCCCAAGUGA